CAGGGCUUUGCGGGCUGUCUUCGCCCCUCCGGGCCUUAUUGGGGGUCGCCGGCAGCCGGGCACUUUUUAUUGACCAGGGUCCCUGCGGUAGGAACUCUCGACGACUGCCGAUGCCGAUAACGACAUCGCUGGCAGUUCUUUUUUGAUUCCGAGCCUCUCAAACUUCUUCUCCUCAUCAACCCCCCGAAUUUUUUUCCUGGCCCUAUUCUUCUACAACUCCCCUUCCCACUCCCAGUCUGCGUCUCCCUUCUCACAAACAGGCCACCUACUGUCCCUCGCCACCGGCUUCGCUGUCUGGCUAUCGUCAAUUUCCGAGUUUUUGAGCUUGGAUUAGACCGUGCCUGAGAUAAAGCGCCCCGCGGCGGUCACCUCUUUUCACCUCAAUCGCACCGAUUCUGACCCUCCUCCGGUACAAAUAUUUGCGACUGAAACUCGCCUUCCUACUUCAACCCUUCCUUUAAGCAAUCAAAUCCUUCAAGAUGCCUGCUGCUGUCAACGGUCUCGCUAAAAGAGACGAGACUUUCCUCUUCACAUCCGAGUCGGUCGGUGAGGGUCAUCCAGACAAGAUCGCCGAUCAAGUGUCGGACGCCAUCCUCGAUGCCUGUCUGAAGGAGGACCCUCUGUCCAAGGUCGCUUGCGAAACGGCCACCAAGACUGGUAUGAUCAUGGUGUUUGGUGAAAUCACCACCAAAGCACAUCUCGACUACCAGCGGAUCGUCCGAAACACCAUCAAGGACAUCGGCUACGACCACUCCGACAAGGGCUUCGACUACAAGACCUGCAACGUGCUCGUUGCCAUUGAAGAACAGUCCCCCGAUAUCGCUCAAGGUCUGCACUAUGAGGAGGCAUUGGAAAAACUCGGUGCCGGUGACCAGGGUAUCAUGUUCGGCUAUGCUACGGACGAAACCCCUGAACUUCUGCCAUUGACCAUCCAGCUCGCUCACAGACUCAACGCUGCCAUGACCAACGCCCGCAAGUCCGGCGAAAUCCCGUGGCUGAGACCCGACACCAAGACCCAAGUCACCGUUGAAUACCGUCAUGAUGGCGGUGCGGUCGUGCCUCUGAGAGUGGACACUGUUGUCGUUUCGGCGCAGCACGCCGAGACCAUCACCACCGAGGAGCUGCGAAAGGAGAUCAAGGAGAAGAUCAUCAAGAAGGUCAUCCCUGCCAAGUACCUCGACGACAAGACCAUCUACCACAUUCAACCUUCUGGACUGUUCAUCAUCGGUGGCCCUCAGGGUGACGCCGGUCUCACCGGCCGUAAGAUCAUUGUCGACACCUACGGUGGCUGGGGCGCCCACGGAGGUGGUGCUUUCUCCGGCAAGGAUUAUAGCAAAGUCGAUCGAUCGGCAGCAUACCUUGCUCGAUGGAUCGCAAAGUCUCUUGUUACAGCCGGUCUGGCCCGUCGCUGCCUGGUCCAACUGUCCUAUGCCAUUGGUGUUGCUGAGCCUCUGUCCCUGUUCGUUGAAACCUACGGCACCAGCGACAAGAGCAGCCACGAGCUUGUCGAGAUCAUCAAGAAGAACUUCGACCUCCGACCUGGUGUUAUUGUCAAGGAGCUCAACCUGAUCAACCCGAUCUACUGCAAGACCGCCAAGAACGGCCACUUCUCCGACCAGAGCUUCCCAUGGGAGCAACCGAAGAAGUUGGAGCUUUAGUGGCCCUCCCGCUUCUCUUACGAUUCAUCAUAUUAAAAGAAUGACGGGCAAGGCAUGAUUACGAACUGAGACCAAUCGUAUCAGGAGCCUUCUUUGAUUGGACACGAAACUUCGAAGAGGAAUGGAAUGGGAUAGAGGGCUCAGCUUGGGCGUGGGGUUGUUCAUUGGCGCGACGUGACGAGGAAUCUGACACCUUCCCAGUUUCAACAGACUUGGGUGGUGGUCCGAUUUUCUGUGUUGGUGCCUCGAAUCAUUGUUCUUGUUUGCCAUGCAUCUUCGCCUCCUCACCUCGUCCAGCAGAGGAUUGAGUGGGAUAGAUCUUUUCUUAUUCAACGAAAAGGAACGAAGAGUGUGCUCUCGGAAAUGGAUCUCCGUUUUUCAAUGUGGCCAUGACAAAGGGCUUAUGGCGAGAUAUGGGCUGGGAGCCGGGUGUGAGUUGUUUGGACUUUUUUUCGCAAAGCAAAACUUUAAAAGAGAAGAAGAAAUCAUCGGAGCGCGGGAUACAGUCGUGACGAUAUUCAACAUGUUAUGAUACCCCUCCUGCGCGCGCAAAAAGAUUUUUUUUAAAACACCAUAUAUAUACCUAUACUAUACAUAGGCCUCGCUUGACUUGACUUUGAACAUUUCAACUUGAAUGAGAUGUCAUGCGUGGCUCGUGUCUUCUAUUUUGUCUCGCGAGAGACAGACCGGCGUUAUUAUUCCACUUUGGCUUUACAACACC